GAUCACCGCUAACAUCACUGGCUUCACGCUGCUCAGUCAUGAAAUAAAGCGGCUCCUUAUUACGGUCGUAACAUCCACGCUGGGGUCCUUAAAUCAGUCCAAUCUUCAUUUUCCUGGAUUCGCUAAUUCUAUAGAAGACGCGUGUCUUGUCUCCGCCAUACUGGAUAUUAACCCAGGAGAUUUGCCGAGCUGGAUGGGAAUGUAGAGCAGCACCAUUGUUUUAAUCAGCUCGUGAAGUUGGACCCAUCCUGAAAAGAAACCAAAAUUCAACAAAUACGGGAUCAGAUGCCGUGGGAUUUCCUGCCAUUUCAUCAACAAUUCGCCAUCAAAUCUCGGAAAUAACUGCCAGAUUAGGAUUUUCGAAUAUUAUGUUUUUUUUUCCAGUCGUUGACAUUUACGUUUAGGGUCUUUCUGUCUAAAAUCGGUUUGUUUGCCAUUUUGUGCAUGUAAAAGUGCUACACUGACAGAUCUGAAUUGGAUAGCCUAACAUUAGACUAACAAUCCUGUACACUGCGAACAUAUAUUUUAUUCAGAUCUGCCUGUAUUGCACUUUAACCGGAUAAAACCGCUAUUUAAAUAGUUUUGCAGUGUUUCCCUGAAUUAAAACACCUGCAGGGAUACUUUGUUUUUUUUAAAUGCAACAUCUUUCCAAGUAAAAUGUGGUGGUUAGACUGUCACAGCCAGGCAUGAAUUAUUUAAACCCUGCUUACUUAUUAGUUACUCGGUUUCCUGCUGGACAAAAGUCUUGACAUUUGCAGUUUGACCCAGUGUGAGUGUGACAGGAAUCCAGGAGGGAGUUGGCUUUGCUCUCGACUCUGUUUUUGAUCCAACUAAAUCUCCAGCUGUCAAGACAUUCCGCCAAACUUUUCUUUUACGUUAUUACAAGCGAAAAUGUCUUUACUGUGCCGUUCAAAACGCAGAAAAACAACCCAGUGAGGACGAUGCUGGCCAUUUUUGGACACGACACGCUUCAGAUAUCUCAAAUUUUCCGGGACUCCGGUGACAGGCAUAUCUAGAUGAGUUUUAUUUUAUGAACUGGAGGCUGUCGGGAAGCAUUUCGGUUUAUAACACGUCUUCUCGUGGAUAUAUUGACAUUCAACAUGGGCGACACUAAUUUGAACGACUCUAACGUGAAGGUGGCGGUUCGGGUCCGGCCCAUGAACCGGAGAGAAAAGGACCUGAACACAAAAUGCGUUGUGGAAAUGGAGGGGAAUCAAACAUAUCUGUACCCGGCAAACCUGGGAAAAGAUUCCAGCAGGGGUCAGCCAAAGACCUUCGCCUAUGACUACUGUUUUUGGUCGAUGGAUGAGUCGGAGACCGAGAAGUUUGCUGGCCAAGAUGUAGUGUUUCAGUGCCUUGGGGAGAGUCUUUUGCACAAUGCCUUUCAGGGUUAUAACGCCUGUAUUUUUGCAUAUGGGCAGACUGGCUCGGGGAAGUCGUACACCAUGAUGGGUUCGGUGGACCAGCCCGGUUUGAUCCCCAGACUCUGCAGUUCUCUGUUUGAGCGGACCAUACAACACCAGCGAGAGGAAGAGAGCUUCACCGUAGAAGUCUCUUAUAUGGAAAUCUACAAUGAGAAAGUUCGAGACCUGUUGGACCCCAAAGGGAGUCGCCAGGCCUUGAGAGUGAGAGAACAUAAAGUUUUGGGGCCUUAUGUUGAUGGUCUAUCAAGGCUUGCGGUAGAAAGUUACAAGGACAUCGAGUCCUUGAUGUCUGAGGGGAAUAAAUCCCGCACUGUGGCGGCCACCAAUAUGAAUGAGGAGAGCAGUCGCUCCCAUGCGGUUUUCAAUAUCAUCCUCACACACACGCUAAAGGAUCUGCAGUCGGGGACAAGUGGGGAAAAGGUGAGUAAGCUGAGUUUGGUGGACCUGGCAGGAAGUGAAAGAGCUGCAAAAACUGGCGCUGCAGGCGAGCGGCUCAAAGAAGGCAGCAACAUUAACAAGUCUUUAACCACUCUGGGUUUGGUGAUCUCAGCUCUGGCAGACCAGGGUGCUGGAAAGAACAAGAAUAAGUUUGUGCCCUACAGAGAUUCAGUGCUGACAUGGCUGCUCAAGGACAGUCUGGGUGGAAACAGUCGGACUGCUAUGGUUGCCACUGUAAGCCCUGCUGCAGAUAAUUAUGAUGAGACGCUAUCGACGUUGCGCUAUGCAGACCGAGCAAAGAGCAUCGUCAACCACGCUGUGGUCAAUGAAGACCCCAACGCCAGAAUCAUCCGGGAGCUCCGAGAAGAGGUGGAGAAGCUGCGAGAUCAACUAACGCAGGCUGAGUCAAUGAAGGCGCCAGAGCUGAAGGAGAGACUGGAGGAAUCUGAAAAAUUGAUACAGGAGAUGACUGUCACCUGGGAAGAGAAGCUGAGGAAGACUGAAGAAAUUGCACAAGAGAGACAAAAACAGCUGGAGAGUCUUGGCAUCUCUCUGCAGUCAUCUGGUAUCAAGGUUGGAGAAGAUAAGUGCUUCCUGGUCAACCUCAACGCUGACCCUGCCCUUAACGAGCUAUUGGUUUAUUAUCUAAAGGAACACACUAAGGUUGGAUCAGCAGAUUCACAGGACAUUCAGCUGUGUGGAAUGGGCAUCCAAGCAGAACAUUGUGUCAUUAACAUCACACCUGAGGGAGCUGUCUUUCUCAACCCUUACAGAAACUCAAGAACAUGUGUGAAUGGAUCUCCAGUCACCAGCCGACAACAGCUUCACCAUGGUGACCGUAUUCUUUGGGGAAACAAUCACUUCUUCAGGAUAAACCUACCGAAGCGGCGCUUGCGGGGUGAGGAAGAGGAGGGUGAGGGAGGGAACAUGAAGAACAGUAAUAGCAGUGAGCAGCUGGAUGGAGAGGGAGACACGGCCAGCGAAGUGUCCAGUGAGGUCAGCUUCAGCUAUGAGUUUGCUCAGACUGAAGUCAUGAUGAAGGCUUUGGGCAGCAACGACCCAAUGCAGGCUGUUUUGCAGUCUCUGGAGCGCCAGCAUGAGGAGGAAAAGCGGACUGCUCUUGAGCGCCAGCGGCUGAUGUAUGAGCAAGAGCUGCAGCAGCUGCGCAAACAGCUGACUCCAGACAGACAGAGCAUGCAGAUACCGCAGUCGCAGCCCUUGCAGCCACAGUACCGCAGCUGGGAGAGACUGAGCCAGGGAGGAAUGUCAUCAUCACCCAGCGCCCAGCACCGCCUGCGCCAGUGGAGCGAGGAGAGGGAGGUGGUGCUGACGCGGAGCUUGAGGAAACUGAGGGAGCAGAUCGUACGGGCUAACCUGUUAGUGCAGGAGGCAAGCUUCAUCUCUGAAGAGCUGGACAAGAGAACCGAGUACAGAGUUACUCUACAGAUCCCUGCUGCAAACCUUAAUGCCAACAGAAAGCGAGACGCUGUAUUGAGCGAACCUGCCGUUCAAGUGAGAAGGAAAGGGAAAGGGAAGCAAAUAUGGGCCCUUGAGAAGAUGGAAAACAGGCUGGUGGACAUGAGAGAGCUUUAUCAGGAAUGGAAGGACUUUGAUGAGGACAACCCUGUGAUGCGCUCUUACUUUAAGAGAGCCGACCCUUUCUUCGACGAGCAGGUUAACCACAGUUUAAUCGGGGUGGCCAACGUUUUCCUCUCCUGCUUGUUCUAUGACGUGAAGCUCCAGUAUGCGGUUCCCAUCAUCAAUCAGAAAGGAGAGGUUGCUGGGCGGCUGCACGUGGAGGUGAUGAGAAUGGGUGGAGGAUUUGAUGACAGCGUAGCUGGAGGAGACGACAGUGAUGGAAGCCCGGACGGAGAUGUACAGGAACGCAAACUGGUCUGUAUGAUCAAGAUCCUGCAGGCUACUGGUCUCCCGCAGUACCUUUCCAAUUUUGUCUUCUCUCAGUACUCUUUCUGGGACCAAGCAGAGCCUGUCAUUGUUGCCCCAGAAGUGGAUCCCUCUGCUUCCUUCUCCAGUAGCAAAGACCCCCACUGCAUGGUGGUGUUUGACAGCUGUAAGGAGCAUGCUGUGACUGUAACAGAGGAUUUUAUUGAGUAUCUAACAGAAGGCGCCGUAGCCAUCGAGGUUUACGGACACAGGCAGGCCGAUCCAGGCAGGAACCCAGCUCUGUGGGACCUCAGCAUCAUCCAGGCCAAAACACGCACUUUACGUGACAGGUGGAGCGAGGUAACACGCAAGCUUGAGAUGUGGGUGCAGAUUCUGGAGCUGAAUGAGAACGGAGAAUACAUGCCCGUGGAGGUGGUUCCAGCACGAGAUAUUCGCACGGGUGGCAUCUUCCAGCUCAAACAGGGCCAGUCUCGGCGGAUUCAGGUAGAGGUGCGUUCAGUGCAGGACUCCGGUACAAUGCCUUUAAUAGCAGAGAUUAUUCUGGGAGUGUCCGUCGGCUGUGUGGAGAUCAGGCAGGUGCGGAUGACUAAAAACAAUGAGCCACAGGAGCCUGAGGGUGAUGAAAUGGACAGUUAUCAGGAGCGAGAUUUGGAGCGUCUGCGGCGUCAGUGGCUCACUGCUCUCACUAAGAGACAAGAGUAUCUGGACCAACAUCUUCAGAACUUGGUCAGCAAAACAGAUAAAUCUGAGGAUGAUGUGGAGAGGGAGGCCCAGCUGCUUGAGUGGCGUCUGACGCUCACAGAGGAGAGAAAUGCAGUGAUGGUGCCCUCUGCUGGCAGUGGAAUACCAGGAGCUCCUGCUGAGUGGGUUCCAGUACCUGGGAUGGAAACUCACAUUCCAGUGCUCUUCCUCGAUUUGAGCACUGAUGACUUCAGCUCUCAGGAGAACCUAGAUGUUCCCGAGGCGGGUGGCUGGGAUGCCAUGCUCAGCUCGGAAGAUGAGGAUGAAUAUUUUGACCUUCAGAUUGUCAAACACUAUGAUGGAGAGGUAAAAGCCGAAGCUUCUUGGGACUCCACGGUUCAUGAAUGUCCACAGCUGAGUCGAGGUGCUGCACCAGAUCAGAGAGUAUACUUGAUUGUCCGCACCGUGGUGCAGCUCAGCCACCCUGCAGAGAUGCAGCUAGUCCUGCGCAAACGCAUCUGUGUGAACCUCACUGGACGACAGGGUUUUGCUCAAAAUUUCUUGAGGAGAAUGUCCACCAGGAGCACUAUUCCUGGCUGUGGUGUGACCUUUGAAGUAGUCUCAAACAUCCCAGGGCAGGACAGUCAGAGCUCAGAGGACAGGGAGAUGCUGGCCCGUGUGGCCACCAGUGCUGAGAACCCCAAAUCUUCAGACAACGAAGCUGCCAUAGAGAAGUACCUGCGGAGCGUCCUGGCUGUGGAGAACAUCCUCACACUGGACCGUCUGAGACAGGAGGUGGCGGUGAAGGAGCAUUUGGCAGGUAAAGGCAAGGGCAGCAGACGCAGUCUCAGCUCUCCCAGCGUGCACCGGUUAUCUGGAAGCAGACAGGAUCUGUCAUUAAACUCAGUGCUGGAUGACAACAAGAAUCGAUGGGAGAGUCAGCAGGAUAUCUUCGCGACAUCCUCUCAGUUCAGCAAAACACUGCCACGACCAUCCAGACCUCCUACGCCACCUACGCAGAAUCAAGACCCCGAGCAAGGUUUUUCAGGGCUUGCUGCUUCUUAUAUCUCCCCAGUCAAGGCCCUGGUUCCUCAGAUGCCCAAGCUGCUAAAGUCCCUGUUCCCUGUGCGCGACGACAAGAAAGAUUUGAGACCCUCUCCACACUCCCAACAGCAUAUGCCACGAAUAAUGAUGCAAACAGCCAACAACCCUGAUGAAGGAAGAGUAAGAAUAGAACCGGUUGCAGUAAUGGGGAAGAGUCCCGCUUCAGACAGACACUCAGAUGGGCCAGAUGCCCCGUCCUCUAUGCAUGAUCCGCAUGACCUGCCCCUGAGCCCCAUCAGCGAGUCCUCCAGUGGCUAUUUUUCUACUAGCGUCUCCACUGCCACCCUUUCCGACGUCUCCAUAGCUUGCGGGGACCUUACCCCUACUCCCAAUUCCCAAGCGGCUCCCGUAGCAUCCAGGCACGACAACGAAGACUCUCUACCGACCCCUGUUAAUGCCUCUGUUGCUCCUGUAGAAGCUGGGCUAAGAUCUGACAAGCCUAGAAAAGAUGAAGACACCCAGACGGCCCACAGGAAUGGUGUCACCACCUCUCGGCAGGAAGCACAGCUAAAUACGACCCCUCCCCUGGUGUUGAGUACCUCCACAGACAGCCCUUUCUCCCUCCAGAAAGUCAAAGCCAAUGAACUCAGGUCUUUCAGUAACAUUCUCGGAGAUGGAAAAGCAACCACGACGCAAACUAACAGCCUGGAGAAGCUGGAGAUAACCUUUGACGAUGUGGAACCCAAGGAACUUGUUUGGCUCAAGGUGGGAGGGAGAGUCACUGUCGGAUCCAGCAAGUCUGGCACGGUCCGCUACAUCGGCCUAACGCACUUCUCAGAAGGCAUCUGGGUCGGGGUCGAGUUGGACACUCCCUCAGGUAAAAAUGAUGGUUCCAUCGAGGGCCACCAGUACUUCCGAUGCAACCCUGGUUACGGGGUGCUAGUCCGUCCAGAUCGACUGACUCGACGGGAAGCUUCCAAAAGGCACACCGAAAAUCGCCGCAGCGGGGAGUUCAGUCAGCAGCUGAGGGGAGGAGCCGGCACUGCCAUUCAGAAAGGAGAGAAUCGCAAAUCCUGGACCAGUUAAUUGACAAUGAGCUGAGCAGGACCUAACCGAGGUCGAGGAGGUCAACUCCAUCCAUCACUGUGCUUGGGGCUAAUGGAGCAUUCAGAUACCCAACUUUGCAUGGAGGUGGUACCAACAUUCCCUUACAAACCCCUCUGUCAGUUUCGGUGCUAUGCUAAUGUGUAGCAUGUGGGAGUGCUAUGAAUUUUAACAUGCUGCUUCGGCUGUGUUCCUUGGUUUGGCAUCUCAAGCAAGUCUCCUUGAGUUAACCGUAAAUGAAUCCUCCGAGAUCAACCAUUUUUGUUCGUGCCCCCGGACUUGAAACAACAAAUGAUGCUUGAUUUGUCUUCUCUGCACAGUCAGUAAUCGAUUUUUAGUUUCCUGAAUGUGCCUUUUAAGUCAACCCAUUUUUUUGUUUGGCAUCCCUCAUUGCACCUUCGUAACACUAGUAAAUGGAAGACACGUAAGAGAUUAACUCAGGGAUCCGAUCGGAGUUAUUGAAUACGCCCAGUUGGGUUUUCAGCUGUAAGCCACUAUCAAUGAAGGGUUGCGUGUAUUUCGCAAUAGGUGUCGCCCUGAGGAAGUCAACGCAGGUUUUAGAUGCGAGUUUCAUCAUGUUGUGAAGUACCACUACCACUUGGCCAGUGAUUGGACAGCUAAAUCCACAAGAUGAGAUAUUUUAUUUGGUAUUAUCAGUAUUUUAGACAGGAAACUGCCUGCUUGGUGUGUAUCCUUAAAUGCACGUAGAUUUGACUGAAUUGGCACAUUCAGGCUUAAUUGACUGGCUUAAUUAGGCUCUCUCUUAAUGCUUUUGAUGAUUGGACUGGAUAAAAAGUAUUUUAGAGUGGCUUAUUUACAGUCUGGUGGGUUGCGGCAUGUUUUAGCAAGCAGCCUUUUUAAUUGGAAUUGGGUUAUUGAAACUACUUUAAACUCAACUUCGUGCUACAAUUUAAAGUAGCUGAUUGGUUUCUAAAAGACUGUCUUCCACAAGAAGGUCACGGUAAAAGCACAUUCCAGUUUUGCGUAUUGGACCAAUUCCUGGCAAUACCUUCAGCUUAUUUAUUCAAAUUAAAAGAUCUAAAAGCGAUUUUGUUAUAUUUUUAGCAUACCGUAUGGGCAAAGUGGUCACAUUUAUAUAGUUUUUUUUUAACAAGGAGCUUGUGGAUAUGAUGCUUGCUCACAUCAGAUGGAGAAGAAAAGACGUGUUAUUUCAUUCCUUUUAUAUACUAUUCAUAGAAAUCAUGAUGUGAUUUCUGAAGUCUAAUGCAAUAUCAAAUUAUUAAAAUCUAUUUUAAUGGUUGUAGGUAUGUAAAUUGAAUUUAUAAAGUGUGAAAAUCCCAUAAAUGGAAAUUAAUUUGCACAUUUGAUUUAUAGUAGAUAGCUUAUGUGCCCAAAGGGCACUUAGUUUUGUUGUAAAUUAACUUAAACUAACCGAUGAUCCACUGUAAAUCUGCUUUUCACUGGAUUUGGUGCUCAAAAGUCAAAACAUUUAAAUUUUCAUCUGAGAAAAGAUGCAUUUCUCCACAGUUUGAAGUUGCCUUUUAUUUUUCCUCUUUGUGUUGUCAAAAUUAGCAUCUUCCCAUGUUUUUUUUUUUUUUUUUUUUAAUGUAUCUUGAUCUGUGCCUCACUCAUAAUGAGAAAAAAAACAAACGCACACAUGGAGCACGUCUUUGUUGCUGUGAGGCGGUGGGAUUUUAAGGCCUGCUGGGUCACGGUAGUAACUAGUCAUUAAGUAUUCAUUUAAAGGUAAUGCAAGAACAGAUGGAUUGCCUUUAGACUGACAAGUUUCGAAGUUUAUUUUAAUGCAUUUCUGUUGUAGCAAUAACGUUAAAAACGCUUGUAGGAAUUUGAUGGUUCAUUGGUUUGAACCUAAUAAGUUACUUUAAAAAGAAAGGGGAAAUGAACUUAUUGAAGACAUCGUUUUUGGUAAGCGGAUCUCCACGGCCCAACGUUGCAAUCAUAGUUGCUUUUAACUACUAUGUUUAUUUUGUUUUUAAGUGCAAUUUGCUAUUUUUCUUCAUCAUUAAAACGGUUGAAUGCACCCCAUUCUGUUCAACGUCAGCAAGUCUUUUAGUAGCAGUCAUGACACCUUGAUCUCUCAUAAAUGGCUUCGAUCCAGAGCCAUAUCUGAGCAACCACACAGUGGCCUUUUGAAGUCAAAUACUAAAUACAGGUGUGGAGACUCGUUCUUUCCUCCUGUUUGAAAUCCUUUCCAUUAAGGGCAUCAGGAGAAAGAGGUUUUGAAGGAAGCUUUGGGCCCUGCUGUUUACACAGAUGUCAGACCAAGCUCUUGGCAGGAAGUUGCUGCUCUACUUCUGUAGUUUUUUUUUUUCUUUUUUCUUUUUUCCCUUUUUCUGAGCAGCGAGUGGACGACUCUGUAUUUCACCACUAGUCUGUGCCUCGUCCUAAUGGUUUCUUGUCAUGAAAGUUGUCCCGUAUAUAUGGCGCGUUUGAACCCAGAGUAUACGUGUGUAUGUGUGUUUUGUAUAUAGUUGCAUCUUGAGAGUUCAAUCUGAGCACAAGGCUGGGUUUGAUUAAUUUAAUUAUCUGCAAUUCUAUGCUGAUAUCCAAAGAAUAAUCAUGUAUAAUAAUUCAUUUAUAAUUUCUUUUAUAUUGACUGUACAAUAAUCUGGCUGUAAAGAAAAAAUAAAACGUGAACUGAUUUA